GGCCAAUGGCGGCGGUGAAGACGGCGUGGGAGGCUGUUGCCAUAGAAACCGAGUGAGGCCAAACCGGAGAUGGCGCCUGUCGCUGAGAGGAGUUGAAUUGAGUGACUCUGCACCAGGAAGAAGAACAAUUACCAACAGUUGAUUCCAAAAUGGCAUUUGCACCAUCCAAGAUCAUGAAUGGGCCUAAAAUGCAGACUAAGAUGAGCACGUGGACACCCCUGAACCACCAGCCCACUAAUGACAAGGUCUUUGAAGAGAGAGGAGAGUUACUUGGGAAAUGGUUUGACAAGUGGACUGAUGCACAGCGACGAAAAAUUCUUCUCAACUUGUUUGAAAGAUGUUCUAUCUCUCAAUUGAAAUUCUGUGAGCAACAUUUGCGUAGCAGAGUUCCUGUAGAAUCUCUUGACUUUGCUUGUUUCCUGCCCAGAGUGCUGACUUUAUAUAUCUUCUCCUUCUUGGAUCCAAGGAGUCUUUGCCGCUGUGCACAGGUAAGCUGGCAUUGGAAGGACUUGGCUGAAUUGGACCAACUUUGGAUGCCAAAAUGCCUGAGACUGGACUGGUACAUCAACUUCUCACCAACUAUCUAUGAGCAAAGAAUCUGGAAGAGACACUAUAUUGAGAUGGUGAAGGAACUGAAUGUCACCAAACCAACGACUCCGCCCAGAGAUGAAUUUAUUGUGGUGGAUGUCCAUCCAUUACCAAAGAAUCCUGUAGAUCAGAAGCAGCUGAGAAUUAUAGCACCUCGACCCCUGCCUGGAAAAGCACGGCUCGAGCUCCCACCAUGGCGUGACUCAGACCGACAUCCAACAGACACCAUACGCUUCAACUACCUGGACAACUGUGAACCCCCUGGACGAAAGAAGGGAGGCAGAAUCACCCCUACUCUUGGCCAACAGGCUCGUGAAAGAAAGAAACAUCCAUCAGCAAACUACAAAAUGAGGAAAGCAAAAUCACUGAUGUCCAUGUCACUUGACUUCAGUGUAAAUCAGAAACGCCAACUGCGUCCUCUUUGGGCACGUCAAAGUGCGGUGGGGGAUUUUAGUUCCAAGGAGGAGGUCAAGGCACAAACUCAGAGUUCUGACUGGAAUGCCGGGAUUCGCCCUGCGCCAGCUCGACCUGCCAUACCAACAAUGAGCGAGAAGGGGCAGAAAGCGACAUUGCGGACCCAGAGAAGUGUUCCUUCAUGCCCACUCUUUGAGAGUCAGCCGUGGCAAAUCCCAGCAUCAAACAGAGACUCUGAUGAAGCAGAAUGAGAGGAGAAACCAGCUGGAGCAGAGACAGUAAACCCAUCAAUGGAUCGAGUCAGUUGACACAGAAUGGUGAGAAGUUGGUGAACUACACUGAAGGAACACUGAAGGAUUGAUGUGUUACGACCUCCUUUGAUCAUAACAUGAACUGCAGCACUUUGAAACUCCUGGUUUCAUUUUAGUGAAAGUAAAAAACAAAUAUAAGAACGAAAGACCAUAUGUCUAUGAAAUGUUAAAUUCAAUUUGCUUGCUUCUCUUGCCCCAUCUAAUGUUGAACUUUGCACAUCAUCAGAUAUGUUAGGACAGGGUGCAAAGAUAAAAAGACAGGGACUAGAGGGGGGAAAUGAAGCCUAAUGCAACUGCCUUAACUGGGGGUUUUAGGCAGAGUUAGCUGAGGCCUGAAAUCCUCAGGUGGGGAAACUGAGAGGAAUGAAAUGGCCACAGUAAUUUUUUUUUCAACAUUGAAGUCUACAAUUACUUCCUUCCAGCCACAGAGACCAUGUCUUUACACAACAUCCAAAGAAGCACAGAUUGUGCUGGACUUUUAAAAGUUAUCUUAGCUCUACCCUCUGACUGGUAUGUUGUGAUAUAAUGGCCAAUGGACCAGAGUGAAGGACAAAUGAUAAAAGUGAGGAAAAAUAAAUGUGACCCCCCCCAUACCCCUCCUCAAACCCCUACUUUCCCCGUCUUCCUCACCACAUUGCUAGUAAAAAUAUUCUUAAAAAGUUCAUUUUUAGGAUGUGAGCACCCCUGGCAAGCUGCAUUUACUGCCCAGCUCUACUUACUGCAAUUGAGGGACUUUGAAAAGCCACUAGUUAAUUAAGAGUCAAAUAUUUUGUUGUGGAACUGCAGUUACAGAAAGACUGUAUCAGGUAAAGAUUGCAGGCUUCCUUCCCUGAAGGACAUUAAUGAACCAGCUGGCAAUCUAGCAGCUUCAUUUUUCGCUUUUCACUUCACUUUUUAAAAAAAUGUGUUCAAAUGCACACAAAACACUGACUGGACUUUAAUUUGCAUUUUUAAGAUUAUUAUUCCAGUAAUUUAAUUCAACCAUAGCUUGUUAGGAUUUAUUUUAAAUGCUGGAAAUUACAGCAGGUCAUGCAGCAUCCACGGA